AUGCCACCGUCCUCGGAAUUGCAGCUCUUCCAGACCUUCAAUGGGCUUCAAUAUCUUACUAAAACUCAUCAGUUCAAGGCAUGGUUUUUAGAUCAAUUUGGAGUACUUCAUGAUGGAAAACAACCUUAUCCUGGUGCAAUUUCAACAUUGCAAAAGCUAGCUACUACUGGUGCCAAAAUGGUGAUUAUAAGUAAUUCUUCACGGCGUGCAUCUACGACAAUGGAGAAACUGAAGAGUCUUGGAUUUGAUCCUUCUUUAUUUCUUGGAGCCAUUACUAGUGGGGAGUUAACACAUCAAUACUUACAGAGGAGAGAUGAUGAUUGGUUUGGGGCACUAGGAAAAUCUUGCAUUCACAUGACUUGGAGAGACAGGGGUGCGAUAUCUCUCGAGGGAUUAGGUUUACAAGUUGUUGACAAGGUUGAAGAAGCUGAGUUUGUUUUGGUUCAUGGAACUGAAGCCUUGGGGCAGUCUUCUGGUGCUUCUUGUCCCAUGACUCUUGAGGAGCUUGAGAAAGUAUUGGAGGGCUGUGCUGCUAAACAAAUUCCUAUGAUAGUAGCCAAUCCAGACUUUGUGACUGUUGAAGCUAGAGACUUGCGAGUCAUGCCUGGUACAUUGGCUGCCAAGUAUGAGAAGCUUGGGGGUGAAGUGAAAUGGAUGGGCAAGCCAGACAAGAUAAUAUAUAAAUCUGCUAUGGCCAUGGCUGGUGUUGAUGCUUUUGAUUCUAUAGCUGUGGGUGAUUCUCUUCACCAUGACAUCAAAGGUGCAAACGCUGCUGGGAUCCAGUCAGCGUUCAUAACUGGAGGGAUCCAUGCAACUGAACUUGGAGUUAAUAGUUUUGGAGAAGAAGCAGCUUUAUCUUCUGUACAAGCCCUUGCAUCCAAAUACGAUGCAUAUCCAUCAUUUGUUUUACCAUCUUUUACGUGGUAA